AUGGCUGUUACCGUCCCCAACGAGGGGUCAGCGACCUCAAUUGAGCUGGCUCCUAUGCCGGCCGGUGCCAUUUCUGCUGAUGCUUCUAAGAUCACUCUUACGGCGCCCAAGUCCGACGAGGCUUUGCGCGAAGUUGAAGAAGAAAGACGGGCGGUGUCGACGCAGAUCACGGCCAUUGUGAUUACUUGCGUUACCUUCAGUACGGGGAUUCAAAGCUUCCUGGCUGGCUUGGUGACCAUCACCAUUCCGACAGUGGCUGUAGAUCUAAGCUUGCCUGAUAAUUUGGUUCUAUGGCCGGUUACCAUCUACUCGUUAACGUGUGGAUGCACACUUCUAGCCUGUGGUUCAAUCUCAGAUGUUGUCGGGAAUCGCCAGACCUAUCUACUCGGCUGUCUGCUGCAAACCGCCUUCACGCUUGGAUGCGGACUAUCUACCACCGGCGCGCAAUUGAUUGUGUUUCGUGGAUUCUCCGGCGUGGCAGCUUCGUUCUGUCUCCCGUCGGCAGUCAGCCUGAUCAACGAGGUAUUCCCGACUGGCCGAUCGCGCAACAUUAGCUUUGCGGCCAUGGGAGGAGCGCAGCCGGUGGGAUUCGGACUCGGUUUGACUCUGGGAGGCAUCAUUGCGGCUAAAAUCGGCUGGCAAUGGGGGUUUCACGCCGCAGCAAUUAUUAACUUCGUUAUGCUCUUCCUGGCCGCAUGGCAGUUACCACGAAACGAAUACCCUUCGGCGCGCGUGAUCGGUCAGCGUCUCUUGAACGACAUAGACUGGGUGGGCGUUAUCAUUGCCAGUACAUCGCUCGCCAUACUAUCCUACGUUAUUGCAGCCAUCGCAGGAAGUCCCACAGCCAUCCGCUCUCCGACUAACAUCUCCCUACUCAUCCUAUCAUUCAUCGUCCUCGCCAUCUUUGUCCUCUGGGUCGGUCGACAAGAGCGUCUCAACCGACCCGCCCUAAUCCCCAACUCGCUCUGGCGCCACAAAGUCUUCUCCUGCAUCUGCAUCAACGUCUUCUGCGUCUGGGCCGCCUUCAACGCCUUCGAACAAUUCCAGAACUUCUUCUUCCAGGAAAUUCAACACAUCUCGCCCUUCGACUCCGCGCUGCGCUUCCUCCCUAUGCCCGUCGCCGGGGCCCUCGCGAACAUCCUCGUCGGGCUGAUCGUGCACCGCGUUCGCGCCGACUGGAUCGUGAUCAUAACGCUCAUUCCAUCCGCUAUCGCUCCUUUGCUCAUGGCGCUCGCGAGCCCGAAAUGGCCAUACUGGUCGUGCGCGUUUAUUGCUAAUUUCUUGAAUCCGAUCGGUGCGGACGGCAUCUUUACUGUCUCGAAUUUGUUGAUCACGUCGAUGUUUCCGCCAAAGACGCAGGGUGUUGCUGGGGGCGUGUUUAAUACGGUGUCGCAGACGGGAAAGAGUGUCGGGAUCGCGUUGACGGCGUUGGUGGCGAACGGGGUGACGCAGAAGUCGGGGAAGGGGGGUGCGGAUGAGACGGGGGCGCUAUUGGAGGGAUAUCGCGCGGCGUUUUGGUUCGAGUUUGCGUUGACGGUGGCGAGCCUGGGGGUUAGUAUUUGGGGAUUGGGGAGGAUUGGAAAGGUUGGGAGAAAGAUGGAUUAG